ACCGUUAACCGUUGCUGUUCAGAUUGUCAACUGGGUGUGUGGAUCGGAUCGCGCAGCUUUCCAAACGUCAACGAAUAAUUCCACCACAAAGAACAUUCUUUUGUGCGAGUUCAAAGAAACGUGUUCGAUUCGCAUGCUUCUUGAGGAACAGAACGAUUGAGUGACUUAGCAAGUUUCAAUUACUAACCAGAGUACGUUUGUUUUAUUUAGUGGCAGAAUUCAGUUUGUUCUGUUUGCCUUCUGUUGCCUUAAAAAAUGGAGGAAGCUAUUGCGGCAUUUCAUGAAGGCAUGGACACGUUUUACGAACCACAGUCUGUGACAUGUAGAGCAAAAAAUAAGCGUGUGUUGUUUGCAAAAAUGUACGAUACUUUCCUUAAACCCAGUAUAUUACAAGCAAAACUUAACAAUCUAAGUGCUAAAGAAACCAUCGAGUUCCUGGUCCCCAAAAUUCUAGAUUGGAUUCGUAACAAUUCCGUUCGUGAACAAUUGAACUUGCGCAACGAUGUAAAGGACAAUACCAAAGCAGCUCAGCUACGGUCGGAAGGAAAUAAAAUGUUUCACCCGAACGUGAAACGCUACAUCGAGGCCAUCAAGCUGUACAAUGAGAGCAUCGCCUUUUCCGAAAAAGGAUCGACAGAAAGGGCAUUGGCCUAUGCAAAUCGCUCAAACAUUUGUCUGAAGAUGCAACGCUUUGAAGAAUGUCUGAAGAACAUUCGGCUUGCUCGUGAGUCAAACUAUUCUGGAGAAAAGUUGAAUCAACGCGAAAAAGAGGUUAAAAAUGCUUUGGCAAAGGCUCGGAACAAGAAUGCUUCAUCGAGCAAGUUUUCUCCGGAUGUGGUGGAAGAGCCCGAGCUAAGCUAUCCGGCCAAGGAGAAUGCGCCGCAAGUUGCCAACUGUCUGGAACUGCGCAAAAACGAAGAAUAUGGACGACAUGUGGUGACCACUCGUAAGCUGAAGGUAGGCGAUGUCGUGAUGAUUGAAAGGCCGUUCGUUACCGUGCUGAAGGAUUCGUUCCGAUAUGUUCGGUGUGAUUUCUGCCAUGGCGAACGACCAUUCACAUUUAUUCCGUGCGAAGGAUGUACAAUGGCCAUGUACUGUUCGGAGGAAUGUCUGAGGAAUCGAUAUGAGUGCGGGCUUUUACGAGACUUGUGGGAAGUUUUCGAAGAAGUUUCCUUGAUUGCUAUUCGCAUGAUUGCCAUUGCGAUCGCCACCUUCGAUAACAAUCCAGAGGCAUUGAAGGAUCAUCUCGAUGUACUGGAUGAAUCCAAUGUUAACGGGUUUACGAUGGAUUCGAUAAAAGCAACGCAACAGGACAUUUUCAACACGGUGUACGUGUUAACCACUAACCAAGAACGGCGAGACAGCAUGUUUGUUGCAUUCCAUAUCUUCAAUGCUACCAUCCUACAUACCCUUGUUCUGGAAAGAACAGAGCUGGGACCGGUGUGCGAAGCAAACCCUGCAACAAACAAGUUUUUACUAGAUUUGAUCCUGCGAUAUAUGCAAAUCGUGAAUUGUAACAGAAAAUUGUUGUCCUUUAAUGCGUACAAGGUGAAGGAAUACGUACCUGAAUCGUUUGCUGUGGGUUGCUACACACUGAUCAGCAUGCUGAACCAUUCCUGUGCUCCCAACGUGGGACACAUCACUUUGCCCGAUGGGCGGUGUGCCGUUUUUGUCAUCCGUCCAGUUCUCGAAGGAAGUCAACUGUUCGAUAGCUAUGAGUAAGUGAAAUCGAUAGAAGAAAUGGACUCUCUUCAUCUCACUAUAUAUAAAAUCGAAAAUCGCCACAAUGACGUGAGAGUAAACAUUCAGCAAGAGAGAGAGAUAGCCGUGAGAGCAGAGCUCUCUUAGCAACGCGCGUUGCUGCGAAAGGACUUGCUCCAUGCCACACUGCCACCCCUCGGGUAAUGAGGGCAAUGGUUACUUAAAUUUUUUGUUUACACAAUCCGAUUUGAAAACACGUGGUUUUGGAUAUAAUGAUUUUUUUUAAUAAUCAAAGUUGCAAAUUAGCCACCUGAUGAUAACGUGUCCUAUUUCAUACCCCUUUUCAUUAUAAAUCAAGAUAUUCAAGGCAAUAUUUAAAAAAAAACAUGUUUGAAAACUAUGCAAAAUAGCUUAAUUGUGAAAUGGUUGAUAUUCCAAUUCAUUCAAUCAUUAAUAAAGCCAACCAUACUCAUUAUUGAUGCUUAAGCACCUUGAAUACUACAUACAUCGUUGUUAUCAUAAGUGUGGUACAGAAUAUCCUGUAAAACGGGUUGCUAUACCCAGGACGUCGAACAUGUACACUCCCUCAAACCUUCCUCUAUUUGGCGUAACGUCCUGUGCGGACAUGCCAGCCUGUAUAGGCGUUCGAGACUUAAUUCAUUACCACGUAGACGGAUAGUCAAUCCUUGCUACGGGGGGACGGUCCAUGAGGUUGAACCCAUGACGGGCAUGUUAUUGAGUCGUUCGAGUUAACGACCACGUACCACGGGAUCGCCCCAAAUCUACUACUCCCUCAAAUCUACUACUCCGCAAUAUUUGUUGAGUCGGGACCAGGUAAACGCAUGACAAUAAAAGGCGGUUGUAGCCGAGAGACCCUAAGUGGCCAUAUGCUAAAAAGCCUUGCUGAAAUUCCGAGCCAGAAAGCGGCGGAUGUUGAUGGCUUGAAAGUUAAAAUUGAAUUUGUAACGAUUAGCUCGCGGGCGGGAAGAACUACUUAUUUCAGGAUGUCCUUCCGAAACAAAGCACUAAAGGGAGAGAUGGUUCAUUGCGCAACAUGACUGCAACAUACUGCGCGUUAGGUGAGACAACCAUGCGCACUGCAUUCAGCCGGAUCAGCGUCAACUGCAGAAUGAUCCACAAUGAAACUAUGCUUACUGCUUACUAAACUAUGCUUAACGUGCCCAAGAGGGCUGAAAAGAUUCUGACUGUAUCUAUCAAGAGUGAUGGUGAUAUCUACCAUGUGAUGUAAUCACCGUACUAUGGAGUUGAUUAAGAACAAUCACGUUAUAAUUAAGGAAACGUGAAAUUUGAAGCAAAAUCUGAAAAAUGUGGGGCGGCAAGAGUAAAUAAAAUAGUUUGCAAGUAAACGCGAAUUUAGUUGAUUGAUCUGGAAAGGGUAUAACAGUGUUGAACCAUUAUUUUCUAU